ACUGUGUAUUUAAAAAUCAAUUUUCCAUCGGCAGGUGUUCGUGCAAGCAAACGAGAAGUUCAACGUGGACGCCGCGCUAAAUAAAAACAAUGAGAAUGGCGUGCCACAAUUAGAAUGUAUAACGCCACUGAGGCUUUUGUUAGAGUCGGAGAGGAGUGUCGAGAGAUGGAACAGCGAAGUGAAGGACAUGGAGGUGCACACCAAGAUAAGGAGUCAAAAAACGCAAUGGAAGUCGGAUCACGUCAAUAUUGUGGAUUAUCUGAGGAAACGACUCAAACUUGACAGAUUCUCAGAGGAGUGCAUACAAAUGGCGUGCGGCAUUUUGGAGAUUAACACGUUCGAAAUUCGAACAAUGAGAGGAUACAGCGCGCGGGCUCUUUACCCGACGGUCGCCAUGAUGAACCACUCGUGCGUCUCAAACACAUCACACACCAUAUCGCCGAUCGAUUACAGGUAUAAUAUCUUAUCAUCGCAGUCGUCACUUAACAUCGUUUGCUAUAAAAGUCUGACGAUGUAGAUACGCGAGAACGGAGAAAAUAUUACAGUAAAAAUUAUAAGAAAUUUUGUAUUCACGAGCUGGCUUACUUAAAAAAUCCGAAGAAAUUGACAGAUAUACUCUAGAUAGCACAAG